GCCUCCGCCGCCGCGGGACCAGCCGGCCCAGGACGCCCGGGGUGAGGCGGCAGCGGCCGGCCCCGAGGCGAAACUGCCGCCGCCGCCGCCACCACCACCGCCGCCGCCGCCGCCGCUGCCGCCCAAGGAGAACCCCUGGACCAAAAAACCUCCCCAGCACCUGUCCCCCGCCGGGACGGGCCCGCCGCCGCCCCCGCCGGACACUCUGGAGGCAGAGCUUAGUUCACCAAAAACUGUAAAAGCUGGAAAACUCAAGACAAAGAAACCCAAUAAGCCUAGCGAUUUCAGCGAUAUGGCGAAUUGGCCAACGCCAAGUGAAUUAGUGAACACUGGAUGUCAGAAUGUCAUCAACCAAGGGAAUAAGAAACCACAGAGUAGAAAGGAAAAAGAAGAGAAGAUUGAGAAGAAAAGUAACACUGAGAGCAAAGAAAACCGGGAAAUAAAAUUAGAUGGUCCUGGUGAAAAUGUCAGUGAAGAUGAAGCUCAGUCAAGUAAUCAACGAAAAAGAGCUAAUAAGCACAAGUGGGUACCUCUGCACUUGGAUGAUGUGAGACCAGACAGUCAAGAAAGACCUGGAUCCCGAAACAGUUCAAGAUGUCAACCUGAAGCAAAUAAAGCAGCACAUACCAAUAGAAGAAAUGAUACACGAAGUUGGAGGCGAGAUAGAGAUAAAAAAGAAGAUCAAGAUGACGUGUCCAGUGUGAGAAGUGAGGGUGGUAGUAUACGUGGUUCCUUUAGAGGCCGAGGAAGAGGCCGAGGACGGGGAAGAGGACGAGGCAGAGGAAAUGCUCGAUUGAACUUUGAUUAUUCAUAUGAUUAUCGAGAACACGUUGAAAGGACUGAGCAACCUCUUCAAACAGAAUUCAGCAGCAGUAUGAUGUAUUGCUAUGAUGAUGGUACUGGCCUACAGGUGUAUCCUGUGGAAGAAACAUUGCUGAAAGAAUACAUUAAGCGACAAAUUGAAUAUUACUUUAGUAUAGAAAAUCUGGAACGAGACUUUUUUCUUCGGCGAAAGAUGGAUGAACAUGGCUUUUUACCUAUUUCCCUGAUUGCUGGUUUUCAUAGAGUUCAGGCUCUCACCACAAACCUUAAUCUCAUAUUAGAGGCACUGAAGGAUAGCACAGAAGUAGAGAUUGUGGAUGAGAAAAUGAGAAAAAAGAUAGAACCAGAAAAAUGGCCAAUUCCAGGCCCUCCUCCACGUAAUGUGCCGCGGACAGACUUCUCUCAACUGAUUGAUUGUCCAGAGUUCGUUCCAGGUCAAGCCUUUUGCUCACAUACAGUCAGGGUGAUGAUCUACUGAUGCUCUUGGAUGUCAUUUGAUCGGAAUACGCAGUGGAAUAGGUGACUCACUGAAAUGCAUUAUAAACAUUGGAACAAAUCGUGCUGCAGAAAUGAAGAGAUCGGACUGUCUCCUGUGCGAGAAUGUCUACUCUCCUUGUGGAGGAGGUUGGGCCAACACUACAGCAAAGAUAACCACCUUUGUGAUGAUGUGAGACAGACCACAGGACUGCGAUUGUUUUUAUAGGAGCUGCCCAUUUCUGUGUAAUUGGCCUGGGCUGCAUGGGCUACUUUUAUUCACGGUGGGAAAGUUCAUUAUUAUCAUUCUGGAAAUACUACAAGAUUGUGUUUUUGUUUCCAGGCUUAUGUAUUGUGUCCAGAUCAAUAAAGCAGAUAAAGAGAGGUUUAAAUAGCAUUUACCAAAGUGUUAGGUCCUUUGCUAUUUGAUUUGCCCUUCAGUAUGGUGUACAUUGCAGAGCUGACACGUUGUCAUGAUACAAGGACUGUAAGAUUUGUUAGCAUGGACACUUGAUGGGGUAAGACACUUCAGACCUGAACAAGGAAUUUUUCCCCUACUCUUCAAAAUGUAUUUUAAUAAUUUAACAAUAUGAGAGAUCUGCCCAUCGUUGCAUUGAUAAUGGAUUGUCUUAUAGAUAUUUUAUUUUGUAUUUCUUUGUCAGCCCUCUGCUUCUAAUCCCAGCAAGCAACUGGGGCAGAUGUUUUAAAAGUUGAAGAAAGUGAUAUUGUUUUAGACUUUUUUGUUUUGUUUUUUAAAAGUAUAAUGGCUGAUUAUAUAAGUUAGAUUUAUUUAUUGUGUAAAGUUGGGGUCCAAGAUGACAUUUUUAAUCAGCUUAUGAACAGGCAUAGGGUAAGUUGGAUAAUACAGGAAAUCCUUUUUCUACAGGGUAGUUAUGAUCAGUCAAGUGGGUAAUACCUGUCCAUUAACUAUUUAUGCAUUAUUAAUAAAAUUACAAUGAUAAAAUCA